GCAUCCUGCUCUGUAGCUUGUCAGUACCCCGAAAGCGAGUAAGAGACACCUUGAGGAUCUCCUGAGUAAGCGAGACACUCCCUCCCCAUCAUCUGUUUAUAAAAAAACCAAAGAACGGGAGUAGUAGUAUAGUAGGAAGGUAAAUGGUAAACGGUGCGCCCGGUAGGAUCGAUCAACGGAAAUUCUGGAUUCGCCGCAGUAAGAACCUGAGCUAGUCCAUAAGGGCCGUCUAAGACACCUCACCUAAGACGGAUUGCCAGCCAGUCAACGAAGGACAUCACAUCAAUCAUCAGAAACCCAGCAUCCAAUAGGUCCAGGACACCAACCCAUAAUUGGAGAUCAUCAUCCAUUGGUCAUCCUUUCCUUGAUCAACAAAGUGCCUUCCUUCAUCAGUGCAGUGAAAAAUCCGUGAAUUGGAAAUGAAGACCACCUUGGCAGAGUAACUUAGCAGCUUGGCAGAGCAGGGUGUGCCUCUAUAAGUUGUCUCUUGACCAUUGGGGCGUCGGUUCCUCGGGGUGGUUCCUGAAACCCUCGUGGUGGCGUUCCCAUCGGGGUUAACCGUCAGUGGUGCUGGCGUCGAACGGCCGCGCAGACGACGCGCGUCCGUCGACGGAGCCAGGUCGUAGUGCUGGCUGGUGGUAGCUACUGGUGGUGCUGGUGCUGGUGGUGGUGGUGGUGGUUGGGGUGUCGCAUAGGAGGCCAACGUUUAUAUGGACCAAGGUGCGCCUCUUCAACAAUUAACCAAGUGACUAGCUGGUGCUAAUCAACAUCUACCAUCCAACAUCCAAACGGAAUCUCAUCCAACUGAUGAUCUUUCAUCCUGUUCUAUGGUUUUGGUGACCAGGAGCCGUUCAUUGGCUCGGGAACCAAUAAUGCCAAGUGCCAAAUUCACUUUUUAACAAGUGCCAAGUGGGACGGUCCCAAGACCUGCUGGGAUAUGACGUAAUGGCAAGAGAGGAGUUACGGAACAAGAGACCUUUCAAGAUAUGGGACAGCUGGCGUAACGUACGGAAGGGUCUAGUCGUAAGCAACUUUGAGGAGCUGUUACAUCGAGGAAAAGAAAAAUUGGGCGUGCCACAGAACGAAAAUGUCUCAUUGGUGUUAGAAUCAGACGGCACCCAGGUGGAGGACGGGGAAUACCUGAAGACCCUAGCAAACAACACAAUCCUGCUGUUGCUGCGGCAUGGGGAGCGGUGGUGUCCAACAGGAGUCGACAUCAUCCGCGCAGGUACAGCUACUACACUGGCACCCUGUUACCAAGACAUAAAAUCUAAUGCUAUCUCAGCAAUUCCAAAAAUAGUUUGCGAAACUAUCCACGCGCUGGAGCUACACGAUGAAACGCCCUCGUGGAAGAUCAUGGACAACAAGGGCCGGGUCACGGUGGUGCUCCAUUGGGACCAGCGGUCAGGAUCGGGUAGCCAAGGAACGCAGCAACCAGGUGGUCAACAGGCCAAAUCAACAGACCCAUCUAGUUCCAAGUACUCGCCGACCAAGAAGGCGGAUCUAGGCGGCCCUAACCAGCGACCGUCGUUGGUGAUCCAGACCAGCCUCGACAAGCUGGGGUACGACAAGGGCCACCCAGAAUUGGUGCCACCCAGGUACGCCAGCCCUCAAAUCACUGUGAUAAACCAUGACGACAUGGUCCAGAAGAGCUUCACCAGCCCGAGCUCUUACGGAACUGCUCCAGGGGCUGCUGGCGCCCACUCUCACUCCGGAAUGACCGGCCGGCUGGUCAAGCAAGGCACCAAUUCCUUCGAGAGCAGCUCCACCAUCCACAUCCACACUCCCGAGUGCUCCAACCGGAUCCACCAACCGGUAACCAGAAAUGGAAGCCCAGUAAAUGGAACCGACGGGAAUAACACGAGUGAAUGCGACUUCCACUGCUGUGCGCUUCAUGAGGAAGGUCGUAGAAUUGCGGUCCACAAGUCAGUUGCUACCUCACCCAUCCAGGACCAGCAUGCGGUCCAACGGGAUCAGCACCAACAGCAGACUCAGACCCAGACUCCGUCUCCUCAGCCUCCUUCCUCGCUCUCCGACGGAACUCGCAGGACCGGGAUGGUCAAGGGCCACGUCAGGUUCAGGGACACUGCUGAGGAAGAGUCUCCCAGGAAUUCAGGCUUCCACAUGCACCACAACAACCAUCAGGAGCAUGAUAGUUCUGAGUCAGAAACUGAGAACACGAUUAUGGAGGACGAGAUUGUCACUUCUGAGAAGUUUCUUCUGCUUAUUGAUCAGUUGACUGUUGAUCAGAAGCACCAUCUUAGUAUUAAGGACAUUGGGAUCAUCUUGGAGAGACUCAGUUCUAAGAUUUUGGAUGUUGAAAGGCUGGAUAGGGAGAGCGAGAGCGAGGAGUGCUACAAUUGGACCAUUAAAGCCAUUAUUAGGGGGGACGUUCUCAGGGAGUUGGGGGUUAUUUACAAUGGGAAUUAUUAUGCGAUCAGCGAGCAUCCGGGGUAUAAAGAGGAGAGCGAGGAGAAUAAUGAAGACAAUGAGGAAGAGGAGGAAGAUCGUCUUUAAUAAUCUUUUUUUAGGUAUACCGUCGUUUUUUUCGCAAUUUCAUACCUUUUUUAUCGAUUUAUCGUAUUUAUUAUUAGUGUAAUAUUGUAAUUAUAAUGGUAAUUGUAAUUCGAUGGGUUGGUACGGAACUAUUCGGUGACGACUGACUUUGUUUCUAUUUUAAUGGACGGUAAAUUAUUUUUUUAAUUAAUUGUUGUUUGGUUAGGUAGAUUUAUAGGAUAAAGAAUUAGUUUAGAAAAUUAUAUGGAUACUUUUUUGCCGUUUAUAGGGUUCUGAUUUUCAUUGUUUUAUUUAGUAUAAAAGUUAAAUAUUAAUUUUAAAGGUUAUAACUUUGCUUUUGGAUAUUUUAGGUUAAUUUGGGAAAAACUUGUUUAGAAAAUUAUUUAUUAAAACAUUUAAAUUCAACAAACAACAUUUUAACGCGGAAAAUAGGAUAAAAAAUUGUGAAACCUUUGUGUUAACACUAACGUUUUGUGUUAAGUACUGCAAAGAUUAACACAAUUUUUUGUGGGGAAAUUAUGACGAAAAAUAAUUUACCGUACCAACAAUGAAAAUGAUAAUGAUCAUAAUUAAUAAUAAUACCAUUGUUUUUUAUUUAUCUGAUAAUAACGUUCUUACGCAAAAAAGGACUAAUACAUCUUAAAUAACGAUACUUGUAAACCUUAGAUCUAAUGACGGUUGUUGAAUAUGUAGAUCCAGAGGGCGCCAAACAAGUUCCAAGUUUUAGUUCCAAGUUCCGCCACGGAACUUUUUUUCUUCCAUAUUUCAUCACUAAGUUCUAAAAUAAUUUUAAAAAAGUGCUCAAAUAUGUAACUUUUGAGAUUUAAUUAGACAUUUUCUUCUCAAAUUUUUCAUAAAAGAAAAUAAUGAGAAAUAUUGAGGCUUCUUUAGCCCCCUCGGGAACUACUAAUUAUUAUUAUUAAAUUAAUUAAUUAUUAUUAAAUAGUAUGUACUUGUAGGAAACAUUUUGGGAUACGGAUGCUCUCCGUAACCGUCCACGACACUGCCCUAUUUUAAAAAAAUACAUAUUAAUAUAUUAAAAGUUUAAAAUCUUCAGAGAGAAUAAAAUACGUUUCUGAGUAAUUAAUUAAACAAAAUGGCGGAUAGAACCGUCGGAUUUUAUUACGUAAUUCUACACCCACUCGUUUUUAUAUUGAAUAUCAAUAUUGUUGGUCUGUAUUUUUAAAAAGUUUCAAAUGUUUACUUGAACUGUUUCUUCUUGGCUUGUUAUCGCGUUGUUUAUCAGUCAAUUUAAUAGUGUCAUCAAGAGUACUAAUAUUAAUGAUCGAUCAUUGUAUAAGACAUCUAUUAGAGUUUCAUAAAUUUAUCGUUAAUGUUUCAAUAUGUUUUGUUUAUUGGCUCCUUUUUUUAUAGAAUUUUAUGAACUGGUAAAAUUUAUUAAAUAUAAUUCAAUGCCAAAAUAUGAAAAAUUUCAGUAUUAAGGUGCCAAAAUAGUGAUUAUUUACUUUGUUUCGUCUUCAGAAGUUUAAGCGUAGCUUGAUGACAAACUGAAGAAAGAGAUGAUUAAAAAUAUCGGGUUCGAUUCCCGGCGCCGACAAAAAAUCAAGGAUUUUUAAAUUUAAUAAAAGUUUGCUGAAUUUUUAUUGUUUGUAUUGUUAAAAUAAUUACCAGUUUAUAAAACUCUAAAAAAAAUUUUUUUAUUCAGUUAAGCACUGUUGAAAAUAAAAAAUGAAUUUACCUAAUUUUGGAUGGCACCUCCUGCUUAAUUUCAAAUUGAAAAUAUAGGAGGCUCCAUCAAAGAACAAAUUUUAAAAAAAUUUAGUAAAUAAAAAAAAACCUAUAAUUAUGAAUCUAAGUUCGCUCUUCGGAAUAACGAGGGGAUAAGAGUGUUCAAAUGAUGUUAAUUAUUAAAAUAAAAUAAAUCAGUGCGCAGGAUUGUCGGUGGCGUGCUCGAAGAGCCUUCGCGGCCCAUUAAAUAAAUUAAUAAAUUAAUAAAUAAAUUAAAAAAAAAAAA